GCUUAUAUGUUUGGUUACAUGUUAUCGUGAGCUCGGUUAAAAUGGGUUUCCAGUCAAAGACAUUUAUUUCCAAUUGGUUUAUAUUAUGCAUACUCAGCGCAUCCUUUCUAGAACAAAUCAACGGCUUUCUGAAAAAUGAUGAAAAUCGUAAUAUUCGGAAUAAUGUCAAUAUUACUUUCAAUCCACCGGAACUUAUACAACUGGAAGAGGGUGAAGUAAGAUCCGUUCAUUUGCUCUUGUAUUCAAACAAAGUUCCGUACAACGAAGAAAAAUAUCUCGUCUCUCGUAAGAAAUCUUCAAAUUGUACUGAGAUUAAAAUAACGUAUGAAGAAGAAAAAACAGGCAUCAUUAAAAUUGUAGAAAAUAAAGCAGUUAAUGCUACUUUAGAUUCUGAAUUCUCGACCAAUGAUACUUUUCAAAUUAAAGGCCUUUUUUUGGGCUACAGCAAAGUCUAUGUAGAGAUUGAAUGUUUUGAUGUUGUGGAUCCAAAUGAAAGUGGUAAGAACGAAAGCACAAAUACGCAAAUUACAGAAGAGUAUAAAGUGAGUGUUAUUCGUGCUCCGUGGGCGUUAAGAACCGUCUUCCGGGUUCUCGUCACUGUCAUAGUGUGUAUUAACUACAUCAACAUGGGAUGUCAUCUAGAUCUCAAUGUGGUGAAGACUGUGCUGAAGAAACCAGGUGGCGUAAUAGUGGGGUUUAUUUCUCAGUAUACUGUUAUGCCUUUGUGUUCCUAUGCAUAUGGUUACCUUUUGUUAAAGGAAGCUAAUUUCCGCUUUGGAGUGUUCAUUCUUGGGUGUUCACCUGGAGGUACUUCAAGCAACUUUUGGACAUUACUUCUAGAUGGAGAUAUCAACCUCAGUAUCACUAUGACAUUUUUUAGCAGCAUUGCUGCUCUUGGUAUGAUGCCACUAUGGUUGUUCAUCUUAGGAAGGAACAUCAUUGAAAACGAAACGGUUGAAGUUCCGUUCGUUAAUAUCAUUACUACUUUGCUAACUUUCAUGGGACCCUUAUUAGUUGGUGUACUAGUUAGACAUUUCAAGCCGAAAUGGGCAGAAUUCUCUGCCAGAAUUAUCCGUCCGUUCACAAUAAUAUGUCUGUUGUUCAUUAUUACUAUUGCUAUAAUUACGAAUCUUUAUAUUUUUCAGCUCUUUACAUGGAACAUAAUUUUAGUUGGGUUUGCUAUAGCAUGGAGUGGCUACACAGUUGGUUGGGUACUUGCCUGGAUUCUGAGAUUCAAACGUCCACAGAUUGUUGCUAUUUCCCUUGAAACAGCUAUGCAAAAUGCGACAAUUGCCUUUUUGGUUUUGUCAACAACAAUGCCUCAGCCCGAAGCCGACCUUACCACUGUUCCUGUGGUAGCUCAAAUACAGCUAACAACUUUUCCGUUGUGGUUUCUGUUAGGUAUUGUAACGGUGUUCAAAAUGCUCACUGGGCGUAAAAAAUCUAAAACAUUUUCACACGAGAUGAAAGAAAAGAAAAAAUCUAAGAACAUUGAAAUGUACGCAUCUUUCAAUAGACCAAUAGAAUCAAAGCCGCAGAUUGAAAAAUAUUAAUGUUGAUUUGUUUGAAUGAUAUUUGAAUUUUAUGCAAAUUAGUAAGAGUAACGUACCAAAACUUUGUACCUCGUUAACUAAAGUUUAAUUUUCAUUGCUUUUUCUCCCUUUAAUUACGAACAGAUUAGGACGUUUAGGUUAGUCAUAAGUUCAUAUACUACGUGAACAAUGCUAAACAAUCCUCGUAAUAAAGACCAUAUA